AUGGAACAAAGUUUAGGUCAAGACUCUGUUCCUGGUUUUGGAUCAUUUGAUAAGUCUAGGGUUUUGGAUGUAAGGCCUUUGAGGCGUCUUGUUCCGGUUUUUCCAUCAGCUUCUAGUAGUUCUUCAUUUUCAACUCCCCAAGGUGCUGCUCCUUUUGUUUGUGCUUCGCCCGCUGGUCCUUUCCCACCUGGGGUUUCCCCAUUUUUCCCAUUCUACAUUUCGGCAGAGUCUCAAAGACCACCUGAACAAAAUCAACAAACACCAAGUGGUGUAGGCAACCAAAAUACACCUUUUGUCUUCAACAACCCAAUAUCAAAUGCAGUCCCAAUAAAUUCAUUUAGGACACCUCCAUCCUCAACCGCUAGGGUAACCCCAAACCAGUACACGGGGACUUCUAAUGGAGAUACUAUGCCAUCAAGAAGGAUUACUAGAAGUCGUGCUCAGCCACAAUCCCAAAGUGGGAUCGCAGAGGAAGAUGGUUUCAAUACGAGUGUUACUGAUGGAGAAAAUACAAGGAAGGGGGGGAGGUCAAAGGGUAAGUUCCGGUCCCAGAAGAGGACAAGGGGUGGCCAGGACAUUAAUGUUGCAUUGCCUGAUGUUGAUGUUGAUGCAAUAGUUGAUAAUAUUCUCACAUCAUAUACUGAUACAUUCCGGCAUGCUGAUGGCAACAAGGAAUCAGUUGGAUAUGCACUCACGUUCUAUGAUUUGCUAAGAAGAAGGAUUACGCAACUUGAAGAGAUGAAGGAAAAAAUACCAGGAGCGUCAAGAACGGGACGCCCCGAUCUGAGGGCAGGAACACUCUUCAUGAAUAAGGGAAUUAGGACAAAUACCAAGAGGAGGAUUGGUGCAGUGCCUGGUGUUGAAGUUGGGGAUAUUUUCUUUUUUCGAAUGGAGUUGUGUUUGGUUGGAUUACAUGCUCCAACGAUGGGUGGAAUUGAUUACAUGGGAGUCAAGAACAGUACAGAAGACGAGCCUUUGGCCUUGAGCAUUGUUUCUUCAGGAGGAUAUGAAGAUUCUGUGGAGGAUGCAAAUGUGUUGAUAUACAGUGGCCAAGGUGGUAAUGCUAGCAAUGAUAACCGGAACAACAGGGAAAUGAAGGAUCAGAAGCUUGAAAGGGGUAACCUCGCUUUGGAGAAAAGUUUGCAUCGGUCUAAUGAUGUACGAGUAAUUCGAGGUUUAAAGGAUAUAUCUAAUCCAACUGGGAAGGUAUAUGUCUAUGAUGGUCUAUACAAAAUCCAUGAAUCAUGGGUGGACAAAGGGAAGAGUGGUUGCAGUGUAUUUAAGUAUAAAUUGGUAAGGUUACCUGGCCAGCCUGAAGCGUUUACAAUAUGGAAAUCAAUUGAACAAUGGAAAGUAGAAACUACUACUACAAGGGUUGGACUUAUAUUGCCCGAUCUUACUUCAGGAGCAGAAAAUUUACCGGUUUCUCUGGUAAAUGAUGUUGAUGGCGAGAAAGGCCCUGCACACUUCACAUAUAUUUCUAGUCUCCAGUAUUCAAAACCGGUGAAUCUUACAGAAUCUUCUGCUGGAUGUACUUGUAUUGGAGGAUGUCUCCCUGGUAAUUCCAACUGCUCCUGCAUUAAGAAAAACGGAGGUUUUCUCCCAUAUACUGCAAAUGGGCUUCUUGUUAACCAAACACCCCUAUUACAUGAAUGUGGUCUUUCCUGUCAGUGCCCCUCUAAUUGUCGGAAUCGAGUGUCUCAAGGUGGCCUGAAAAUUCGUUUGGAGGUGUUUAAAACUAAGGAUAAAGGUUGGGGUUUGCGGUCCUGGGAUCCCAUCCGUGCUGGUUCUUUCUUAUGUGAAUAUGCAGGACAAGUUCUUAAUAUAUCUGGGGUAGAAGAAUUGGGGGGUGAUUAUGAAGAUGAUUAUAUUUUUGAUGCUACUCGUACAUGUGAGCCACUGGGAGUUCUGCCUGGUGAUUCAACUGAGACUCCAAAGGUCCCAUUUCCUCUAAUUAUAAGUGCAAAUACUGCUGGAAAUGUUGCUCGUUUUAUGAAUCACAGCUGCUCUCCGAAUGUAUUUUGGCAGCCAGUUUUACGUGAAAAUAAAAAUGAGUCUGACCUCCAUAUUGCGUUUUAUGCGGUUGGACACAUUCCUCCGAUGACAGAGUUGACAUAUGAUUAUGGAUUGGUCCCUCAUGAGAAAGCAUACCAGAGGAAGAAAGUGUGUCUAUGUGGGUCUGUAAAGUGCAGAGACUCUCUUUAUUAA